GCCCUGGCCGCGCACGAGCAGACGCAGCCAUGGCCGAGUCCGAGCGAGAGCUGGUUGCGCGGCGCAUCCGCAGCUUCCCGGACUUCCCCAUCCAGGGCGUGCUGUUCAGGGACAUCGCGCCCGUCCUGAAGGACCCCGACUCCUUCCGCGCCUGCAUCAGCCUCCUGGCCAGUCACCUGAAAAAGACCCACGGCUCCAAGAUCGACUACAUCGCCGGCCUAGACUCCCGAGGCUUCUUGUUUGGCCCCUCCCUGGCCCAGGAGCUUGGUGUGGGCUGCGUGCUCAUCCGAAAGCAAGGGAAGCUGCCGGGCCCCACCGUGUCCGCCUCCUACACACUGGAAUACGGGAAGGCUGAGCUGGAAAUCCAGAAAGACGCCGUGGAGCCAGGCCAGAAGGUGGUCAUCGUGGAUGAUCUGCUGGCCACUGGUGGAACCAUGCGGGCAGCCUGUGAGCUGCUGGGCCAGCUGGGGGCUGAGGUGCUGGAGUGCGUGAGCCUGGUGGAGCUGACCUCGCUGAAGGGCAGGGAGAGGCUGGGGGCAGUGCCCUUCUUCUCCGUCGUGCAGUAUGAGUGACCCCACGCCCCCACCAGCUGGAGGAGAGGCGAGUUCCAGCCUCGGCAGCUGCAUGACCUCCACCAGCCACCCGCCUGGACUCAUUGUUCUGCCUCUGGUUGGGUAACUCUCCAGCCCCUACCUCUGCCUGGGGUCCCUCCUGCAGGUUCUGGAAGUGCCAGCACGUGGAGCUGAUGGCCCAGGCAGAGCCCAGCCCAGGCCAUAGUCCAUUUACAGUGAAAUGAGAUCGUGAAUAAACAACUUUGCUUAAGA